UCUGCCACUGUUUCAAACAGCUGAUUUUAGAAAAGGAGAGGCUGGAUUCGGGAAACUGAACCGAGGGAAUAGCGGCAGAGAGAUGGAGUACAUCGACACAUAUCCAAACACAAUGCCUAUUGGUGUGCACUAAUCUCGGACUGCUGCAGUGCUAGCUAGUAGCUGGGUUGCUUAGUAGCGAAUUCGCUCAACCUCGCUAACUUUAUAAACAUCUGUAGGGGUCUAUCCUAGCUAGCUAGCUAGCUGCUUAGCCAGACAGACACUUUCGUUCUUUGUAGCCAUCAUUUGAUCCCAUUUUUAUAUUCACGGUUUAAAAUAUAUCUAGCUGUAGAUUUUCAGAAACGUGGCUUGUGUUAUACAUUCCUUACGGGGAUAUUUAUGCACAAAAUAUAUAGAUCACAUAACGCUAGCAGUUUCAUUAGUCGGCUAACCUAGCUAGCUACCUAGCUAGCUAUCAGCUGAGCUAACGUUAACUAGCUAGCUAGCUAGCUAGCAAACAAAGAUGACCAAAACGGACUGUAUUAGCUAGCUAGGCUAGCUAGCUAGCUCUCUGACUUGCCAAGCAAGUAGAUCCCAGACUAUGACCGGUCUCCUUAUUCGCAGACAAACCAGAUAAGUAUCCACUUGCGCUCAUAUCUGCAUGACCUAGCGAGUUAUAUUGUUCAAAUCGUCUGAUUGUCAUGUGUUUGUUGAAAGUAAACUGCUGUGCUGCAGUGUCACACAGUAAACCGAUUAGCUAGCUAGUUGAAUACCUUCGCUGGCUAGCUAAUAUAACUGCUCUUAAAGUCUGUCGGGAUACCAGUGCCUCAAAUUAUUUUGCUCUGUGGCUUGCUGCAGAAGAUAAGAUAAAUGCGUUGUCUGUAAUACUUUAGUUACCUAGCAAGGUAGUUUACUCGGCAUCCAAGCAAAACUUACUCAAUCGUAGCUACCUCAUCAAUCCUUUUAGCUAGCUAAGAUAAUCAAGUUGUGUGUGGCCAAGAUAGUUUCAGCAAGUUGAUUUGCGAGUUUACUAUCAAGGCGUUGACGUGUACGUAUUUUAAUAACUUAGAUACUAUUAUAUGUUUGCCUUUUAAUGGGAUUAAUAAGUGCGUCUAGUGUGAUAUAUUACCAAACCAUUUCUUCAGCUGGCUUGUUUAAAUAGAAUGGCAUUCCAUGGAUCCGCUCGGCCGACAGUAUGUGGUAACUUGUUUUCUGGAUCAGAGUUAGACCACAAGUAUUUCUGUGUAAACACCACAACGGGCGCUACCUCCAGUGCCCUAAGCCCGUCACAGAACCCAGCUGGGCCCAACCAGCCAGCCAAAACCCCACGGCACCCUUCAUCUCUCGGGGGUAGCACAGGCGGAGGAGCUGCGAUACCGCAGCCUCACAGCAACCCGGCAAGUGAGGUUCCAAGUUCUGCUGAAAUGGAGCCCGAUAGACCUAUUGGUUAUGGGGCCUUUGGCGUUGUUUGGUCAGUGACAGACCCUCGGGAUGGAAGGAAAGUCGCCCUGAAAAAGAUGCCGAACGUCUUCCAGAAUUUGGUCUCUUGCAAGCGCGUCUUCAGGGAGCUCAGAAUGCUGUGCUUCUUCAAACAUGACAACGUGUUAUCCGCGUUGGACAUUCUGCAGCCUCCGCAGAUCGACUGCUUUGAAGAGAUAUAUGUGAUCACGGAGCUGAUGCAAAGCGACUUGCACAAAGUCAUUGUGUCGCCCCAGCCUCUUACCACUGACCACAUCAAAGUGUUCCUCUACCAGAUACUCAGGGGCCUGAAAUACCUGCACUCUGCUGGUAUUCUGCACAGAGACAUCAAACCAGGGAACCUGCUGGUCAACAGCAACUGCCUGCUCAAGAUCUGUGAUUUUGGGCUAGCCCGAGUGGAGGAACCUGACCCUUCCCGCCAUAUGACGCAGGAAGUGGUGACGCAGUACUACAGGGCCCCUGAGGUGCUGAUGGGCUCACGGCACUAUGGGCCUGCCAUCGACAUUUGGUCGGUGGGCUGCAUCUUUGCUGAGCUGCUGGGUCGCCGCAUCCUCUUCCAGGCCCAGAGCCCCAUCCAGCAGUUGGAUCUGAUAACUGAUCUCCUGGGUACUCCGCCACUGUCUGCCAUGGCGUCAGCCUGCGAAGGCGCUCGAGCACACAUCCUGAGAGGACCUCACAAACCGCCUUCACUCUCUGUCCUGUACAUGCUGUCAGACGGUGCGACCCACGAGGCUGUUCAUCUUCUGUGCCGUAUGCUUGUCUUUGAUCCAUCCAAGCGGAUCUCGGGCAGCGACGCGCUCUCUCACCCAUACCUGGACGAGGGACGUCUGAGGUACCAUACGUGCAUGUGCCAGUGCUGCUACUCCGUGCCCAGCGGCAGGGUGUACACGCGUGACUUUGAGCCCGCUGCUGAGCGUCUCUUCAGCCACAGCUAUGAGGAGAGCAUGCACUCCGUCUGGCAAGGCAAAGAGUUCAUCCAUCGGUUCAUCACAGAGCACCAGCAGGGCAAGCGAGUGCCUUUGUGCAUCAAUCCCCAGAGUGCGGCUUUCAAAACCUUCAUCAGGUCCACUGCUUGGCAUUCGUCGAAAGUAUCAAGGAAAGAAGAGAGAUGAGAUGAUGCUGGUUAAAAUAGAAGGAAUCAUGGGAAAUGUAGUUUGCUAUAGGAGCAUGCUUGUGCUUGAUGAUUGGUUGCAUUUGGUUCUUACUGAAUUAUAUGGCUCUGAAUCACUGGGGUUGAUGGUCAGCUGACAUUGACACAGGAAGAACAUCCUAACAUUGUU